GUACCUUUCGCGCGUAAACCUCAUCCCCUACUUCAUUGUCCGCUUCCUGGAGCCAUUUUUCGUUCUAGCGAGAGGGAGUUUGCAUCGUAUUUUAAUCGCUUACAUCGGAUGUCCUCGGCUUUAGCAAUUACACUCAUAUUACAGCAAUGCAGUCCUAACACUGUGUGCUUUCACCAUUUAUGAUUAUUUUACAUCAUCUCGCUCGGAUUUGACCGAAAACGAGCCUCAAAGCACAAGAGGGACAAAGGGACCCUGCGCCUCUGAGGAUCAUGAGAAAGGGGGGUUCCUCGGUCCCAGGACAAGUAAUGUUAACAGGGCUUGUUAGGGGUGAUCAGCACGUUGUUUUUAGCGCGGUUUCCGAUCGACGGUGUGCAUCUUAUUCCAAUGCAGCCCGUUUACAAAUAAACACACCUCCGUCCACUAAUAAUAUCCGUAUGUCCGAGGCUUCUACUGACAGUUUGUACAGCACUCCUCUACAAGGAGCGACACCUGGGACAGGACUGCGACCCACACUAGGACGACCACCGGCUAAAAGGAGGCUGGAGCUGGACAUCACAGACCACCAAUACAGUGAGCCAGCUAAAUCCCUUCGGAGUGGCAGAGGCGCUUUUAAACUGAAGGUCCCCAAAGCUCCCAAAACCCCACCGGAGAAGACCCGGUAUGACACAUCCCUGGGAUUCCUGACUAAGAAGUUCUGUCAGCUCCUGGCGGAGUCCACCGAUGGAGUGCUGGAUCUCAAUAAAGCCGCCAUUAUGCUCAACGUCCAGAAGAGGCGUCUGUAUGACAUCACCAAUGUGCUGGAGGGUGUGUGCCUCAUCAAGAAGAAGUCAAAGAACAACAUACAAUGGCUGGGCUCCAGUCUGCCGUCAGAGGGUGGGCUUCCGUCUCCAGCCAUGCCGAGUCACAGUCUGGCCAGAGAGAUGCUGGCGCUCACUCAGGAGGAGAGACGUCUGGAUGAGCUCAUUCAGACCUGCACGCGUAACGUCCAGCACAUGACUGAGGAGAUCCACAGUCAAAAAUAUGCCUACGUGACCUAUCAGGACAUCCAAAGAAUAAAGAGUCUAAAAGACCAAACUGUCAUAGCGGUUAAAGCACCAUCUGAAACGAAGUUGGAGGUGCCUGACCCAAAGGAGAGUUUGGAGGUCCACCUGAGUAGCUCCAAGGGUCCCAUUGACGUUUUCCUCUGUACGGAUGGAGGUGACUCCGGCCUUGAUGUGAAUGGAAAUCACCCUGCGUUUCUCAAAGUCUCCCAAGCCGCUACAGAUGGAAUGGCUGAUGGUGUGAAGACGAACGGCUGUGUCAAUGGUUAUGGGCCCCUGACUGGAAGUGCCCCCAUGUCACCCCUCAGUUCUUCCUUGUCCUCCAUUCUCCAACAGCCGGAAGAGUCCAUCCCCUUCGUGUCGCUGUCUCCUGCUCUUCUCAGCGAUGAAUACAUGCUGGGUUUGGGUGAUGAGCAGGGUAUAAGUGAUCUGUUUGACUCCUGCGACCUGGACACGCUAGCGCUGGAUGACCUGCUCAGAAUAUGAGCAAAGCCAUCUGGACCUGUUUUCAAACUAGUUGACGGUGCUUAAGUUCCUGAAUGAAAUCUGGAUUGGUGAGGAUGAACUACAGACUGAAUUUCAUGAAUUCUUGUUGAAUUUGACAUUGACAGUUUACACUUUGAUCAUGGGAUCCAAGGUUUCUGUUGUCUGAUACUGUACAGAUGGGUUUCUGUACCCUAAUGUUGUUUUAAAGUUAUUUUUAGUGUGGUGAAUUGCAUGAGCUGUGAUUUUGUCUAUGAACUUUGUCGUACUGGUCGUGAUGGUCACCUCUACAAAUAACACCCAAAGGUCACAAGUUCUUUAAAAUAUCAAGAGUAUUUCUCAACUCUCAAUGUUAAUGUUUUUGUCCUUUUGAGAUAAUCUAGUGGCUUGCUUUCAUGAGAGAGAGAAAAA